GUUGGGAAUGGCAAAACGGCAAACUGGGAAACGGGGGGGGGGAAAUACGCGUCGAGCGAAACAUGGCAUUGUUGACCAGACUCGGCCAGGGUGAUGGGCCAAAUCUUGCUUGAUCGGUCAGGCUUGGUAACGACAUUGACAUUGGGGGCGACGACGACAGCGACGACAACAUCAAUGGUUUGGUAUCUUCGGCGGGAAAGAACGGGAAAGGAUAUGUGGCGUGUGUUAGGGGGGAAAAAAAGGCUGGAACUGUUUCUGAGAACCAACUAUGCUGCUGGCCCAUCGUAUCGUCGAUUACCUAUGAUCGAAUGAAUGUCCGAUGGCCCAAGGGAUCCAGAAGACGCAAAACCCCAUGUUCUCUGUUUGGUCUCCG